AUGUUCAUCUCGGUAGCGAGGCUGGUGUUAUUUGCUAAAGAGGUGGUUGUUGAUGCCUGUCUUUGGGGCGAAAAUGAGAUUAGAGAUUGGUUGGGUAUGUCCGCAGAGCUUCCAUAUGGCAGCGAAGAGGAACUUUCGCCCAAUGGAGGGUCUGCGUUUUUGCGUGCGGGUGCUUCAACAAUAGCAUUAGCUGAUCUCCACGGUGUAUCAGAUAAUCUUGUCACGAAGCUUAAACUGACCGCGACGCAAGCCGGACGUGCGGAGCCUACGGUGAUGAGCUGUACCGUUGACAUCUCGGAAGAAGACAGCGUUCAAGCAAUGUAUAAAAUCGUAUCAGAACGUUUUGAUGGACGUCUGGAUAUCGUCAUCAGCAAUGCAGCUAAUAUGGAACCAUACAAGCCGUUACUCGAUUCAGAUCUAGAUGUUUACUGGCGAACUUGGGAGGUCAAUAUUCACGGAAUUCUAAAAAUCACUCGUGCCUUCCUUCCUAUGCAGCUUUUGACUCGUAAAAGCAACAAUGGCUUAUGCACAAUGGUUAAUGUAUCCUCUUCAGGUGCAUUGAGCGCUCGUCCUGGAAGUGCAAAAUUUCUGACCUAUUGUGUUAAUCCGGGUGCGAUCAAGACGAAGAUUACUGAGACCGCUCCUGAGGAGGUGCGGAAUCGGUUUCCUGAUCGUCCAGAGAUAGCUGGGGAUACAAUUACAUGGUUGGCUGCUGAGCGUAAGGAGUGGCUUGCCGGACGAUACGUGAGCUGUCCAUGGGAUAAGGAAGAACUUAUGAAGAAGAAGGAUGAGAUUAUAGAGAAGGAUCUGCUCAAAAUGAGGAUGGCAUUCUGA